AUGAUGUAUGAUGAAAUAUAUUCUGGUGACUCUGACUUGACUAAGAUGUUUCCUUUGUUUGCUGCUAAUCUGAUUACUUCUGUUGCUUUGUGUGUUGCUUCUGUUAGUUCUAUUGAUUAUUUGCUGUCUAAGUAUAUUCCUAGGUACUCUAUGAGUAUAUUCCUUCUGGUGUGCUUGAGUGCAUCUUUGCUUUCUAUUGGGAUUACAAUGAGAAGGAGUCUUUUGGUCUCUAAGUCAUCAUCAAAUCAGUCAUUUUCUUAUGGAGUGUCAUUGUGUGCAUUGAUGGUAUCUGCUUGCCUUGGGGUCAGUAUAGCAUCUGCAUGGGUGUGCACUGUUCUUAAGAUAUUUGGCUUGCACAAAUAA